UGCCAAACUAGGUUAUCACAGCUCCCAGUCUUCUAUCCCACGUUACCUGAGCCACCACCAGGCCUCUGUCUUCAAAUUGACCUGAAAGAGGUUGUAAAUUGUCCGUCUUGACCAUGGAGGAAGAGGCGAAGGUCAAACUGCAUUGGCUCAAUGGAUCUCGAGCUCAGAGUAUGCUCUGGCUGCUGGAGGAGCUCGAGGUUCCAUACGACCUGGAGAUUUACCAUCGUCAGAAGAGCAUGAUGGCGCCGCCCGAGCUCAAGAAGAUCCACCCCCUUGGGAAGUCCCCUGUGGUCACUGUCACACCGCCUGGCGCUACUGAGCCCAUCGUUCUCGCAGAGAGCGGGUUUAUUGUGCAAUACUUGUGCGAUCACUUCCCCAAGGGCGCAUCGCUUGUGCCUCGGCGCUGGAAAGAUGGCCAGGAGCACAAGGUGGGAGGUGAAACGGAGGAAUGGAUGCGGUACCAGUACUUACUGUACUACAUCGAGGGCAGUUUCAUGUCUACCGUAGUUCUUCAGUUCAUCCUCUCUGGAAUGAAAGGGAACAGCGUGCCCUUCUUCGUCCGGCCCAUCACGACGCUCAUUGCCAAUCAGCUCAUUGGCAUGAUUGUAUUCCCAAACAUGAAGCGGCACUUCGCCAUGAUGGAGCAGUUUUUAGGGACGUCGCCCGGCGAUGGCAGUUACAUGUGCGGCUGCAACCUCACCGGCGCCGACAUGAUGCUCGCUUAUCCACUUAUCGCUGGAAAAGAGGAUGCGUUUGACAGCAUUGGAAGGUGGCAAAAGGGCUCGUUCAAGGAGACAUUCCCGAAACUGUACGCCUACAUCGAGCGGCUGGCAGAAGAACCUGGCUGGAAGAAGUCUGUGGACAAAGUCAAAGAGAUCGAGGGCACCUUUUCAAUCCUCCCUACUCCUGGUCAGCCAUCUGCACGAAUUUGAAGGGCAUGGUGUGCUCCGUGUCGGGCCUCUGCCUCGGCCAUCGUGGUCUGCGGCCAGUUAACUUCGACUGCAUCUGAUCCCCGAAGGUGGCAUGUUUGGCCGAUGGUUGGGUCUGAUACGGAGGCACGGGUCGGCCGGAAACAUGUGGAACUGCUGUCGUUCUCAAACGCCAAGUCAAUUUUUGUCAGUUCCCAUUCUUUGGGCUAUAUCAGGUUAUCUCCCUAGGGUAUAGAGUUGGUCAUAGGCCCAGAUAACAUUCCACUUCUUGUAGCCAUCGGGAGGCACGCGCGCACACGGUAACUAUAGGAGGUGGUAAAAUCGAGGCUCCUAAUCUAAAUUUGCAACGCGAUUGAUGAUGAGGGCAAUAUGCCGUAGAGUUCCUCGAUGAUUUCUCUUCAAGCUUUCAUUGUCGAAAAUACAAGGCAAAA